UUAAAGAAAAAGCCUACUUGCAACCGGCUGGGGAAACCCCCGCGUAACCGGUUGCAUAAAAAUUAUUAUUUUUUCUCACUUUCUCAUUUCGUUCUCUCUCUCUCUCUCUAUCAGUUUUUUUCGUUCACUCAUAGCCAAGGAGACCGCAAGGACUGGAAGGGCCUCUGCGUCACGGUCAAGCUCACGAUCCAGAACCUUCAGGCCAAGGUCUUCAUUGUCCCCUCCGCUGUUGCCCUUGUUAUCAAGGCCCUUAAGGAGCUCAAGCGCGACCGUAAGAAGACGAAGAAUAUCAAGCAUAACGGGAACAUCUCUCUCGACGACGUCAUCAAGAUCGCGAAGGUCAUGCGGCACAAGUCCAUGGCCAAGGACCUCUCUGGGACUGUCAAGGAGAUCCUCGGUAUGUGCGUGUCCGUCGGUUGUACAGUCGACGGGAAAGACCCCAAGGACUUGCAGCAGGAGAUCAUUGAUGGUGAUGUCGAAAUCCCUCUAGACUGAGUUCUCAAUUGAGGAUUUUUUUUUUCAAAUAUAGUUUUAAUUUGUUUUUUUUUUUGGAUAAUUUGGAGAUUGUAUGGUUUACUAUGUUUUAGAAAUUAGAAUAUUUGCAGGGAUUUGUAUGCUAAUUUAAUUAUGUUGAUGGAGUUAUGGUGUUA